AUGUGGUUUUCAAAAAACAACUUCAAUCCAGAAUACAAGACCGCAGUGGUUUUUGGUGCCUCUCAGGGUCUCGGUGCAGAUAUUGCAUUGCGUCUUUACCAACGGAAAUGCGGUGUUGUUCUUGUUGCAAGAACAGAAGACAAACUUAAGGAACAAGUCGCACGCAUUAGAAACCAAACAACGUCUGUUUCGCAGUCAACUUCGGCAGAGUCCUCUUCGGAGUCUACACCUACACCUCUGGAUCCUCUCUUGGAGUAUAGCGUGUGUGAUAUAGCUGACUACGACAGUUGCGUCAAAUUGUGGGAUCAUCUACUUAACACUCUCGAGGUGGAUCCGGACUUUGUUUUCUGCUGCGCGGGAAACUCGGUUCCAAAAUUGUUUGGCGAUCUUACAGGAAAAGAACUCGCUUCUGGUGUGAACACCAACUACUUGACUGCCGCCAAUGCCGUUCACAGUGGGUUCAAGGCUGUUCUUCAAAAAAAUGCUGGUGAACUUAUUAAGACCUUUAAGCUGCGUCAUGUGAUUCUUUUCUCAUCUGUUACGGCGCCAUUCCCAUUUAUUGGAUAUUCACAAUACGCUCCAAUGAAGGCGGCCGUCUCAGCUUUGUCCCUUGUUUUGAGACAGGAGCUUAUGAGCUAUAACUACCGUGUUUCAUGUGUUUAUGCGGGCAACUUUGCCAGCGAGGGUUUUUACGAAGAAGAAAAAACAAAACCUGAGAUUACCAAGGUCAUUGAGGGACCUAGCGAUGCGAUGAGUCCUUUGGAUUGUUGUGACAUGAUUUUCGAUAAGCUCGCCAAGGGUUAUGAUUCCAUCUACACGGACUUUAUUGGUUGGGUGUUGGGUCUGUCUGUUUUGGGCACUCAGCCAAGAAACUGGGGCUUCUUCCAAGUUCUCAUGCUGUUGCUAUUCCUGAUUGCAGAGCCAAUUGCGUUUAUCAUUUUUGUUGUUCUUCCUAUUAGGAAGCACCUGCAGCCCAGAGUACCUGUGAAACAGUAG